AAGCUCAACUUCGUACUGCUACAUCAGGAGCAGUGGCACAUACUUUCCGUAAAUGUGAUGGCCGCAAAAGUAAAGAGAAGGCAUUUCUAUAACUCAUAACGAGCUAAAAGCACUACAUUUUAUUUUAUUUUGUUAUAUUUUUAUUUUACACCAUACCGUACGGUCGCAAUGUAUAUGUCGGAUGGCCCGCCAGCUGCUCUGCUCCUACUGCUCCUGUCCUGCAGUCCUGUCCGGGGAUUCUUUGCGGAGGAGCGCUGGAUUCCCGAAUCUCCGCUCCUCGCUCCUCGGGUCCUUGUUGCCCUCAUUUGCAGAAACUCUGAGCACUCUUUGCCAUAUUUCCUCGGUACAAUUGAGCGCCUCAACUAUCCCAAGGAGCGUAUGGCUCUCUGGGUAGCAACUGAUCACAAUGUGGACAACACCUCUAUCAUUCUGCAUGACUGGCUUGUUAAGGUGCAGAACCUUUACCAUAAUGUGGAAUGGAGGCCAAAGGAUGAACUGAGACAUUAUGAGGAUCAGGAUGGUCCAAAAGACUGGACAGAUCGUCGUUAUGAGCAUGUUAUGAAGCUUCGGCAAGCAGCACUGGAGGCCGCUCGUGAAAUGUGGGCAGACUACUUCAUGUUGGUGGAUUGUGAUAACCUCCUCAUCAAUCCGAAUGUGCUCUGGAAGCUCAUAAAAGAGAAUAAGACUGUAAUUGCUCCGAUGCUUGAAUCCCGUGCAGCUUAUUCAAACUUCUGGUGUGGAAUGACCCCACAGGGUUACUAUAAGCGGACCCCUGACUACAUGCCUAUUAGGAAGCAGGUACGAAAAGGCUGCUUUGCUGUUCCCAUGGUCCACUCCACUCUGCUGGUAGACCUCAGGAAAGAGGCAUCAAGGCAGCUAGCCUUUCACCCACCCCAUCCAGAAUACAGCUGGGCUUUUGAUGACAUCAUUGUGUUUGCAUACUCUGCUCGGAUGGCAGAUGUCCAGAUGUUUGUAUGUAACAAGGAGACCUAUGGUUACUUCCCUGUACCAUUACGCUCCCACAAUACUUUGGAAGAUGAAUCUGACAGCUUUUUGCACUCCUUGUUGGAAGUUAACGUGCGAAAUUCCCCAGUGGUGCCUUCAAAAUACUUACGUGUUGCUAGGAAACAACCUGACAAAAUGGGCUUUGAUGAGGUUUUCAUGAUAAACCUAGAGAGGCAGGCUGGCCGCAAAAAGCGUAUGCUGAGGUCCCUGUAUGAGCAGAAGAUUGCAUGUAAGGUUUUUGAAGCUGUAGAUGGAAAUGCAAUGAAUGCCACCCAAAUUCAUACUCAGGGCAUCCAUAUGCUCCCUGGAUAUAGCGACCCUUACCAUGGUCGACCUCUGACAAAGGGAGAGCUGGGCUGCUUUCUUUCUCACUAUAACAUCUGGAAAGAGAUUGUAGAGCAAGGCUUGCAAACAUCACUGGUGAUCGAAGACGACCUGCGCUUUGAGGUCUUCUUCAAGCGUCGCUUGAUGAACUUGAUGAAUGAGGUUGAAGAUGAAGGUCUGGAUUGGGAUCUCAUAUAUAUUGGCCGAAAGAGAAUGCAAGUGGAUUACAGAGAGAAAGCAGUGCCAAAUAUACGCAACUUAGUGGAAGCAGACUACUCAUAUUGGACACUAGGCUAUAUGGUGUCAUUACAAGGUGCGAAGAAGCUUUUAAAAGCAGAGCCACUAAAGAAGGUUUUGCCUGUGGAUGAGUUUCUUCCCAUCAUGUUCAAUAAACAUCCUGUGUCUGAUUACAUGGAACAGUUUGAAACUAGGGACCUGAAGGCAUUUUCUGCAGAGCCUCUCCUUGUGUUUCCAACACACUAUACAGGCGAUCCAGGCUACAUUAGCGACACUGAAACCUCUACAGUGUGGGACAAUGACAAGGCCCGUACAGACUGGGACAGAGCACGCUCAGGAAAAACCAGAGAACAGAAUGAGAUCAGCAGUGAGGCCCAAAACAUAGAUGUGCUCCAGUCCCCUUUAGACAUUACCGCACGGGAUGAGCUAUGAGAGGACAUGCACGCCUGGAGUGUAAACAUGCAAAGGACAAGCUGCCAUAGUUUUGAUUCACCUGCUCUCCUUGAUCAUUUUGAUUUAGCAUCACAGCAGAGAUGUAAUAUCAAAGUUUAUAAAAAGAUUAAAAAAGUCAGUUGUGACGAGUUAAAAGGGAUCACGGGCAUCUUAUGCUGUGUUUUUAUGUUAUACUUUAACAAGGCACUAGACUUGCCAUUUUGAAUGGCAUUUGCAGUACCCAGCUUCUGUCUGUCAUACAGAAAUUCAAAGAUGCAUUUCCAAUUAAUGACAUUGGGCUGGUUCAUCUCCGUCAUUUCAGGUGAUCUAUUGUAACAUUAAACUGUGAAUUUUGUUUUUCUUUUGGAUUUUCAAAUUAGUUCAUAAAUCUUUUAUGAAUUGUUAUAUGUAAUUUGGUACGAAGGGCACAUGAUUGUGUGUUCCCCCUAAGAAGCACCAGGAAACAUACAUCUGAAUUAGAGUGUUUUGGGUUAAGGUUUGACUUUAGGAUAGUACAUGAAAUAGGAUUUGAAAUUUGUAACAGGAUGGUUUUUUUAUGUUAUUUAUUAUUUCAUGGUUCUACCAUCUCAUGGAUAUAGCAUCUGAAGAGGUUGAUUUUCACUGAGCAAUAAUGAAAUAAAUUCACCAAUUCACUGUUCACAAAAAUCAGUGAUUCAUUGUGUAACAUAAAAUAAAAGUUUUUUAAUAGUU